CUGAGAAAUUUAGACAGAAACUGGAAGAACUGGAUAAAGAGAAAAAUUCUUUCAAAUUUCAGCUUCCCUCAAGGCAUCCUUCAGUUAGCAGUUUUUUGGACAGGUUCAUUGCUCAAGUUCAGGCAGCAUUGCACUGGGCUGCUGAUCAUCGUGUUAGGCAUGAAGAAACCCAUCUUUGGCACGAAAAAGAACAUAAGCUUUUGAGAUCAGUUUACCAGGAGAGGAUGCAGGUUUCAGCCACAAAACGGAACCAGCUUUUCCAAGAAAAGAAACGGUUACAGGAACAAAUUGAAGACCUCCAAACAAGACUGGCCAUAUUAGAAACAAAAGAUCAACAGCUAAGAAAGGAAAUUGAAGAGCAAGAUGGGUUUAUUCAGUCACAGGACAGUGAACUGGCUGCUUUACUUGGCUGCGUUUCUUUGAGAGAGCUGCAGGAAAUAAGCAAGGCUGUGGAUGACACUUUGGCAUCCUCCUAUCGAAUUCCAUUCAGUCUAGAUCUUCCAGGAACAAUAAAGAGCCUUCAGGAAAAAGAACAAUUGUUCAGCAUGUCCAUUAAAGAAACUACUGCCAAAGUGUGCACGAGUCAGAAACUCUGCAGUACUUUGAGGAGGAAAGUGAGUGAUAUUGAGACUCAACUACCAGCUCUACUUGAAGCCAAAGUGCUGGCUGUUUCAGGUAAUAAUUUUGGCACUGCGAAGGAUCUCACAGAAGAAAUAAGAUCAUUAACAACUGAGAAGGAGGGACUGGAAGGACUUCUCAAUGAACUGUUGGUUCUGAGUGCCAGAAAUGUCCGAAAAUUAGAGAGAAUUAAGGAUGAUUACACCAGACUGAAACAAGAGCUUGAACAGGGAGAGACUGCCUUUGUGACCAGUGUAAAAGAAAAUGCUGAGAAGUACAUGGAGAUGCUGGAGGAUAAACUACAUAGCUGCGGCAGCCAGCUGCUCCAAAGAGUGUGGGAAGCUGACUUGGAGGCCUGUCAGCUGUUGAUCCGAGGGUUUCAGCUGAAAGAAAACAGUUGCUGUGUUUUUGAGGAAGAAGAGAACCAAAUGGAUGAGAUGGAGUUGACUGCUGAUGGUCCACCUGAUUCUGAAAAAAGACAAGAAGGUCACUUUCUGGAGGGCACAGAAUGGGGUACUGUUCCCUGCCUCAAACACAGUGAGCUGAAACAG